AUGGCACUGAAACAGAUUAAGAAGGAACUUAGUGAUCUGGCACAUUUCCCUCCAGCACAAUUUUCUGCUGGUCUAGUUGAGGAUGAUAUGUUUCAUUGGCAAGCCACAAUUAUGGAACCUAAUGACAGCCCACAUCAAAGCAGUGUAUUCUUUUUGACAAUUCAUUUUCCUACAGAUUUCCUGUUCAAACCACCUAAGGUUUCAUUUACAACAAGAAUUUAUCAUCCAAAUAUUAACACUAAUGGCAUCAUUUGUCUUGAUAUUCUAAGAUCACAGUGGUCUCCUGCUUUAAGUAUUUCUAAAGUUCUUUUAUCCAUUUGUUCAGUGCUAUGUGAUCCAAACCCAGAUAAGCCCCUAGAGCCAGAGAUUGCAUGGAUCUAUAAAACAGACAGAGAUAAGUACAACAGAAUAUCUCAGGAAUGGACUCAGAAGUAUGCCAUGUGA